AUGUCUGCCAUAGGAAUGUACGCAAUCAACGAUUUCUCCGUCUAUUUGAUGCCCAAGCAGGCAGCCCCCGCGUGCCCCCCAUGCCAAUCAAACGUCCUUCCCUCAGUCUUCGAAGACGAUGACGAGAGUGAUGAAGUGUCAAUGUCUCUGCGAUCCAAAGCCAAUCAAGUAUUCAAAAAGAUCUCCGUCCUCGAAAUCUCUUACUACCACUCCCCGUUCUAG